UCUCUUGCUUUAGAGUGCGGAACAGGCUGAUAAAUAUAAUUCCGGAGACACAAUGAACACAAUAAAUAAGAUGUAGGUGAACGAAGGGGGGGAAUCACUUUGAUCAAUAUGAAGACGGCCAACUGGAGCUGGAACAGGCUUCCCUGGACAAGCCCAUCGAAUCGCGAUUUUGGGGCCCCCAAUUAGCUAAGCAGCAGUGACCCGGUUUGUAUUUGCACGCUCUGCACUCCCGUCUUCUAGGGUCUCCUGUUGUGCUCCUCUCGCUUUCUGUCUCUGUACCCUCCCCCCACACACAGUGGAUGGUGUACAGUGCCUCCUGUUCUGUGCUGGCAUGGUGCUCGUGCAACUGGAGCUGCAGUCUCACUGAUGAGGCACAUAGACAAUGCUGCAGGUAGUGCGUUUCGGAGACACUGACAAGCAGGCAGGUCAGUUGAACGCAUCAAGGGCUGUCUACCGUGUUCGGUAAUCAGGCCUCCUUGUCUCCAAGAGCUGCUCCCAUCUAGCCGUUUUAAAUGACUUAACAUGCGUUGAUAAAAUUAAGAAAGAUCGUACCCAAAAAAAAAAAAAAAAAAACCGAUGAGUGAAUCCAUUCUUGGUGACGUCUCCAGGUGCCUGUUGCUCCAAUCUGUCGGGUGCUGCCAAGAAUUCCCCUUUUAGCCCUGUAUUCAGAGCCUUGGGUCCUGCGGUGUUGGGAGGUUGGCGUGUUCCCACGGCUGUAGGGAGACUGAAAUGUGAGCCGCGCUCUCUGAGAGAAGUGUUUUUUGAGCAGGUUGCUUCAUUCUUUGAUUGAAACAUCGGCCCAUUCACCUGCAUCCCUGUAAUUUUGGCUGCGUCUACUGAGAUGUUCCCACAGCCCUGUAAGCCCAACCUGUCUGUACCCUGGGUACUGAGAGAAGAGGACUGGUGACAGUCAAUAGAAGAAAAAAAUGGAUUUGAGCUGGAGGGUUAAGAAUUGUUAUUUGCGUCUCCCUAAAUUUAGAUGUGUAAAAUGACAUAGUGUCAUAUCCUUGCUAGUUGGUUUUUGAUUUAUUUGGAAAUGUGUUGAGCUGGAUUGUGAUUAAGAUUUCUGCUUUUCUAGCCCAAAUUCACAUGCCAGAAAAUGUGGUACAAGCUUUUGCUGGAUGGCUAGAAAGAGCAGCAGUCUGUAGAGGACUCUUCAUUGCCAGCUGGGUGUGGUGUUCUCUCCUGCAGUAUUGUCUAUGGAGCGGGAUGUGGAGGGGUGCCGAAGGCUCGGCAGCAGCAUGCAGCGCCUGGGGAGUAUCUGGGUGUGGGGGAGGGAUAGACUUGGAAUCUGGUGGCUGUCACAGUCUCUCUUAUAUAGACACUCAAAAUUGUCUGAACAUCACUCCCCACCCUGGUGCUGUGCAGCUGCCUCGUCUAAUCAGACUGAAGCGGUGAGUCCCAAACACACCCACUUAAGGUGCACAGCAUUGCCGAGGGAGGGUGCAUAGGGACGCUUGGUGGCUGGGGGGAUUUUGGCAUGCCUGUUCUGUAGAGGAUGGACUUGGGAUGGGGGACAGCCACCAGUGUGUGUAUUUCAGAAUUUGUGCUAUUGCCACUCUGUACUCCCUCAUUGUCUGAUGAGUAGGCAGACGGAGGUUUGUGGGGCCCCUGGUCUUUCUUUGUUCUUGGUUUUUCUAUCUCAUUUUGCAUGCGUAACUGGAUGGUAAUAAUAUCCAGACUCUCCCUGUGUGUGAAGGUCAGCAGUCACUUUUUGUUUUUUUGAAAACAAUAAAGUCAUUCCUGUUUUAAGUGUCAAUAAGCUGUAAUGCAAGGUUUUUUUGUUGCUCUGUUUCCUUGUGCUCCAGACUCACCCCACCCACCUCAAAUUCUUUACGUAAGGCAUUCUGACAUCUGCUUACUGUCAAAAUGCCAGUCAAUUGAUCAUAUUCCAGUAAGAGGAGUGAAGGUAGUCAGCAAGCACAGAUGCCCACCUGUUCCUGAAAGGUCUUUGCCAUCCUGGCUUGUUUAAGCACUCUCCUCCCCAGAGCAACCAUGCAAAAUAUUGUCACAUUUUUAUCAGAUGAUCUCUCAGGUACAAGCUAAGCUCUGCACAAUAGGAUGAAAAAAUUCAUUUGGUAUUAAGACAUGAUAACCUGUUGUCAGCUACUUCAUAGAACUGAGGAAGGCAGCUCUCGCAUUUGUAUGUUUGAGGACUCUAGGUGUAUGUGACACUGGUAAGUGCAUGAAAUUAAUAAAACUGUGCGGUUAAGAUGCCUGCAUUUUCCUCUAAUCCACAUAUAAUUCGUGUCACAUUUGGAAACAAAAUAAUAAAAGGUCAAUUAAAAAGCCUUACUCAAGUCUUGUUCAGUUAAACAAAGGAGAUGUUAAAAUUAAGUGUUUAAGCAGCUUGAGGUGAUGUACUUUUUUCAGGGCAUAAUAGCACACACCCUUUUGCCUGGUUUUGGCCUUUUCGAGCCUUUCAGACCUCACUGAAAGAAUGCCUGUAUUCAGAGCAGUCUCUGCUAUCAUGCCACAGGUAAACAUGGUAGGAAACUUGCAAUAUUAUAAUGGGCAUCACUUGUAGGGCAAUUACAAGGCAAGCACUAUAUCUUUUUGCCAUUUAUACAUUUCAGUGUUCUUAUACUAAGCGCUGACUCUAAUCUGUAAUCUGACAUUUACCUGUACAUUUUAGGUGUGUUAUUUAAUGGUCUUUCACUUGAAUUACCAUUGUUACCAGAGGUAUGGACCUCUGCCCCCCUUCCUCCAGGAGCUCAUGAAUAGCUCACCCUGAUGGUCUGUGCCUCCCCCACCAUCCCCACCCUACUUCUCACUUAACACUUCUUACACCGUGGCAAACUGCAGAUAACCACAUCUUCUUCACACUCGUUGUUCACUUUGAGAUCACCUAGUGACAUGAUCACUUUGCCGUUUCCUUUUCUUGAGAUUCUUAACUGUGAUGUAAAUGAAUAACUGCACAAAUACCUGUUCUUUUACUACUUUUUUUGUAAGCAACAGCUUUUAAGAAAAUGAAAGCUUGAGUUGCAGGACACACUCUUACAUUGUGUUAAAUGUAACUGUUCUUUUGACAGCCCAGUUUUUAAAGCCAGGAUAACAUUGGACACAAGCUUCUGCAGAAACAUGGCUGGAAGUUGGGACAAGGCUUGGGCAAGACCAUGCAGGGCCGUACUGACCCAGUGCCCAUCAUUGUCAAGUAUGAUGUCAUGGGAAUGGGACGUAUGGAGAUGGAGAUGGACUAUGCGGAGGACGCCACAGAGAAACGCAGAGUGUUGGAGAUCGAGAAGGAGGACACGGAGGAACUGCGGCAAAAGUACAAGGACUAUGCUGAAAAGGAGAAGGCCAUUGCCAAGGCUCUUGAAGACCUGAGGGCCAACUUUUACUGUGAGCUGUGUGACAAACAGUACCAGAAGCAUCAGGAGUUUGACAACCACAUCAACUCUUAUGACCACGCACACAAACAGAGGCUCAAGGAGCUGAAACAGAGGGAGUUUGCACGCAAUGUGUCAUCACGCUCGCGCAAGGAUGAGCGGAAGCAGGAGAAAAUGCUGCGGAGGCUACACGAGCUAGCAGAGAAGAGGAAGCAGCCAGACCGAACCCCUGGCAGUGGCCCCAUGUUUAAAGCCUUAACUGUAGCAGCUGAUGAUGAUACCAGUGAGCCAGCUGCCCCAAAAUCUGAUGGGGAAUCACUCAUGGACUGUUUGUCAGAGGGAAUGCUAGGUGAAGACACAAUGCUGUCUGCUUCUGGGCAGAUGACAACUGCUGUAUCACCCAAGCAAACAUCUACCAUCAGCUUUUCGCUGGGCAAGAAGAUUUCUUCUCCCACCCCUGCGGUAGCACUGCCUAAGGUCAGCGUGUCCUUCUCUUUAGCCAAAAAAGCACCUGUAAAGCUUGAGACAGCAGCUGCUGUGUUUGCUGAUCAGGGAGAGGAGGCCCUGGAGGAGGAGGGACAGGAGGAGGAGGUCUCUGCUUCCAACAGGGACAGUCUGAGUGGUGGGCAAACCGAGGAGCAGCAGUCAACCCAGGUGCAGCCAGAUGAGGGAGGUUCUUUGGCCUCCACACUCUCAAAGCUGAAGAUGAUGAUGAAAAAGGAUGAAGCAUUCUCUGGGCAAGGACCUCAGUAUUACCACUAUGUGCCACCUGCUCACUGCCGGGUAAAACCUAACUUCCAAUUCUUGCUAUUCAUGAAGGCCUCAGAACAGACUGGGGGCAAUGAGGAAGAGGAGGAAGAAGCAAUUUCUGAGCAGAAGCAGUGCAAAGCUACUGAGAAGUCUGAGAAAGAGUCAGAAGAGACUCAGAAAGCCCCAAACACUGAGCCUUCUGCUACCUUGUCUAAUGUGAAGGUAGAGGAUGGCUCAUGUGGUUCCUUGAGAGUUAGCGCUUUGUCUGAAAAAGGUCACACUGACAGCAGCCAGGGUGCAGGCGAGCCCACCCAGGGAUCUCGACUGCCUGCCGGUGCCUUCUUCUCUGUCUUAAGUAAGGACGAGAACACUAUGCUGCAGUGGCCAUCAGAGCUACAGGAAUUCACACGCACUCAGCCAUCCCUCUCGUACAGCUGUAAUCCGCUGUAUUUUGACUUCAAGCUCUCACGCAACAAAGGGGCCCGCUGCGGGAGGGUGGCCGAUACAUCCAAGACGAACACUGAAGCCAUUGCAGAGUCCAGAAAAGAAGUAGCUCCGGCAGCUGGAAGGAGACAGACACCUGGGCCCAGUGUGGAAAGAAAGGGCAGCCUGUCCUUAAAGGAAGAAGGCACCGAUGGAUUGAAGGAUGAGCAAAAAUUAAGAAACAGCACUGAUCCUGCCAAAAAGAAGAAGAAGAAGAAAAAGAAGCACAAGAAGUCUGGCAAGCACUCAAAACAUGAUGAGAAGGACAAGGGAGCAGCUGAGGGGGUAGAAGUAGUAACCCCAGGUGGAAAUGCAAAAAAGAAGAAACACAAAUGCAAGAAAAGCAAAAGCAGAGCUUUAGCUGAAGUUGAGGGGAGAGGGGUGGAUAAGGAUCACGAAUCAGCUGAUGCGCAAACGUCAGCAGAAACUGGAGCUGGGAAGAGGAAGCGACCCAUCAAGGAAGAGUCACAGAAGUUUGGGUCAGGCGGGAAUGGGCAUGAGAAAGCAUGCUCCUCUGAAGAGCAUAAUGGUAAGAAGCGUUACAAGCUCGAUCCUGGCACCGUUGUUCCUCCCAGUACUACGACCACCAUUAAUACCUCGUCCUCCACUUCUGCCCAGAAGCGUUCAAGCAGCAGAGGAAGGCGCGGCAACCAGCGUCCGAGCAGUGAGAGUGAGGACGAUGGGGACUCCUCUUCGCUGCAUUCUCAUCGGCGCAGGUCCACACCCCGGCAAGAGCGACGGCACCGCAGCAAGAACUCCCGCAGUCGCUCUUCCCGGAGAGGUAGCCAACACAGUCGGUCUUACUCCACUAGCUCAGCGCACUCAUCCCGUGGCAGCAGCCCAUAUAGCCGCCGCAGCCACAGCUUCUCAGACAGCUACAGCGACUACAGCAGUGAAAGCAGGCGCCGCUCAAAACGAUCCUCGGACUCAGAGUACGGAAAGCGGGGUGGCAGUGGCCAGCGCCGCUCCCACCGGCGCCACUAUUCAUCAUCUUCCUCUGAGGAUUCAAGUCGGUCGCGGAGUCGUAGCCAUCGGCACAGGCGUCGACGAUCCAGGCAUAGAUCACGCAGCUCCAGCUCUGGCAGCAGCAGCAGCCGUCACUCCUGGAGACGAAGCAGCUACAGCCGAAGCCGCAGUUCCGCCAGCCGUUCCUCCACCUCUACGAAAGGGUCCUCGCGUCGGCGCCACCGAGACAGCUUGACCCACCAUCGUGAGUUCAACCACUCCCGAAUUUACCGCUCCCAGUCACCUCGCAGCUCUUUGAUCCGUGCGCAGGGGCGAAAGGAAUCUUCCCACAACAGCACGCAUGGACACAGCACCACCUCCUCCACUGAGCAGAAAACUAGUGGAGCAGGGGCAUCCACGGGUGAUCGCCCAGCUCGUGAUCAGAAGAACUCCCUGACAGCUCGGCAGCUUCUGGAGAAGGUGCAGUCCCGUAAGGGUUCAGAGGACUCUGUUGCUGGUGCCAAGGCAGGAACCAAGCUAAAAGACCCUCCGCAGGGGUACUUUGGACCCAAACUGCCUCCAGCUCUAGGGAGCAAAUCCGUAUUGCCUUUGUUUGGCAAGCUCCCGGCAGGUAAGAAGCAAACAUUGUCAGCUUUGCGCCGGCCAGAAGAAGAGGAGAAGGUGCCAACCACUGAGGGCGUGGAGGCUGGAAGUGAAGAAGCGGUACUGGUGGAGCCGAUUAGAGAGUUCCCGCCACUGCCUCCUCCUCCUCCACAGCCGCAGCAGCUCAAGGAUAAUUUACAGAGUACUACUAUCCCAGAGGAAAUGCAGCACCAAACAUCCGAAGAACAGGCUACUGUUGAACAAGAUCAAGAGAUGUUGGUUGAAGCAUACCAAGGUGAGCCUGUACUCGAGGCAUCAAACUCCGUGCUUGAACCCCUAAUGUCUGACAUUGAGCAGCAGCAUCAUGCCACUCAGCAUCAGCAGGCCCUGCUCCCUUAUCCACAGUACCAAGCUUCCAGUCUUGAUGGUGAGGACAUGGGCUUGGAAGCAGAGGAUGAUGAUGCACUGGCUCCCCUGGAGAGCCAGCCCAUCACCUUCACCCCUGAAGAGAUGGAGAAGUACAGCAAGCUGCAGCAGGCUGCCCAACAGCACAUCCAGCAGCAGCUGCUGGCCAAGCAAGUGAAAACCUUCCCUUCGGCAGCGGUCGCUGUUGCGGCAGCUGCCAACAUGACACCGGCACCCCCUCCUCCUGCGCUGCAGCAAAUCCACAUCCAGCAGCCCGCCGUUUCUGCGGCGGGUGCUUCCAUUACAACUGUACAGCACGCUUUGCUGCAGCACCAUGCUGCUGCUACUGCUGCAGCCAUUGGGAUUCAUCCACACCACCCUCACGCACAACUGGCCCAAGUUCAUCAUAUCCCUCAGCCACACCUUACCCCCAUUUCCUUGUCCCCAUUGGCCCCCACACUAGGGCCCUCGAUUGGCCACUCGCUGGGUCAUGCUGGACUCAUACCUGCUCAUCCCACUGCCUUCCUCUCAGGACAGCCCAUCCACAUCAUCCCAGCUUCUGCCCUGCACCACACACCUCUGGCUCUGCACCACGUCCCCCACACUGCCCUGUACCCCACCCUGUUAACACCUCGUCCCGCAGCUGCCGCCGCCCUACAACUCCACCCUCUAUUGCAUCCCAUCUUCUCAGCACAGGACCUUCAACACCCCCCUGGUCAUGGAUCCUGAGGCUUGAGCUGCGGCCAAGGAUUUGCUCACCAGAGUCUACUGGCCUGCAGAAUCGGGAAACAGUACCAUGAACAGUACUGGUGUUGAUGUUUAGCUUAAAAGAAGGCUCAAGUGAACGGAAGCAGCCAGCUUUCUGGCAUGGUGCUCGAGACCACACAACAACUGCUGUGAUAUUACCGAGGCCGGAUGGGCGGAGCUUCUCUCUAGGCUGUGCUGCUUGGUUACUGUCGAAGAAGGGUGUUUGGUAGGUGACUGAACAUUUGCUCUUGUCCCAGGUCUCUCCUGAAUUCAGAGCAGUGCCUGAAGUAUGUGGAGGGGAAGGUAGGAGAAGGUCUAGAGAAUAGUUAAAGCUGUUAUUAAUAUUGUGGAAUUUACAUGUCUAGUUCCUACAACCAAAGAGCGAUGGUGGCAAAAGCCAUCUGUUGGAUGGGUUACGUGUUGUAGCUUGAGGGGCAUUCUCUAGCCCUGGGGGUGGACUCGACUCUGAAAGCAACCAGCAGAACUUUGUGGUUGGUUUCCUAUGCUGGAAUAUUUGAUGUAAAAAAUAUCCUUUAUGGUAAGAGUUCUUUGAAUGCAGCUCAUGCUGGUCCUCAUUUGGCACAUGUCUCACCUGUUUUUUUUUUUUUGUUUUUUUUUUUUUUAUUUUUAAUAAAACAAUGUAGAGAAAAUUAUUCAAUAUAAGUAUUGGCAUCACUUUUUAAUGGAUGGAUUGAGAAACAUUGGUUGAUUUAAAAUCAUCGUACUCAAGUUGUCAUUUUUAAUGUGGGUUGUUAAUUGUUUGCAGAUUUAAGCAGUAAUAAUACAGAUAAAAUUUAACUAUGAAAUUAACAGGUAUGUAUUCCAGUACUUCAGUCAAGUGUAUCACACAUUUUGUUUUAUUUAGUAAAAAAAUGCUGUUGGACAUGGCAGGUGGGUGCUUUCUAAGUUCAUUCCCAACCUCGACACACAACUUUGUACUGUGACCAUACAUGGGUUUGUAGUGAAGCCCCCAGUCAGUGUGGAACACUUGUAAUUUGCACUGAAAUCUGUACAUUAAGAUGCUGCUUUCAUUGCAUGUAACUUUAAGAUUGUGAUAUACUGCUAUUUUUUUAUUGUUUUUAAUUUAUUUUCUCAGGCUGUCCUUCGAAGGAUGACUGUGUUCCUUUUAAUAGCCCAGUGUAUAUAUGGUUGUAUGAAAUUGCCUUGUUUUAUGGUUUUGUAGGUCCUGUUAUAAAUGAACAUUGACGUGAAAUAGAACAUAAAUGUUAACACACUGUAAAAACCAAACUAGCAUAGCAUGUAAGUAUUUUAUCAAAGCUGACAUGUUUGUUUAAAGAUGCAGAGAGCUGAGCCAGCCCUAAGCACUGUGCCUUCAGUAGUACUCUGGUGUUGCCCCGGUACAGAGAAUGACCUCUGCCCUUGCCCUCUGACCUUGCCUUCACCACAUGUGACAUGUUGAGCUUAUUACACUAGUUAAUACUAGUUACUCGAAGGGGGGUUUGAUGUCAGUAAAAACUGGUUUAGGUAUUGACAGAUAAGUAAUAAAUGGGGAAUAUAAUACAUACCUGGAAAUGGGGAACAGCCUAUAGUUGAACACGUCAGCUGCUGCGUCAUUAACGUUCCAGACACUCAUGGCACCCACAAAUGUUUUAGGUUUUCCUCGAAAUUGGGGGGUUGUUCUGUUUAUUCUACUGUCGAUGUACCAGGAAAUGAGUACGUCUGUGCCAGUGUGACCCACUUUGUUAUCACGUGUCAAUUUGUCCCACAUGAAAUAUAAUUUUGCCUUUUAGUCUAUUAAUCUUGAUCUUCCCAACACUUGUAUGGCUUUGGUUGUCUGUAAUGCCUUUGUUUAAACUUUGUAACAUAAUGUUACUACUACUUGUACUACUGUUAAGGUUUUUUAAAAAAUAAAAAGUUAAAAGUAA